UUGGCUUGGGACACGUGCUUUCGAAUUGGCACUUCGAUGGCACUUCAACGAAGCGUUGACGUACGCGUUAUUUAAGAGCUUUUAGGCGCUCGGCAGGCAACUGCUUUUUUUGCAAAUGGCCGUUUGAAGCGCUGUAAUCUCAGCAGUGCGCGCUGCCAGUCGCCUUGGUUUACUUUUAAGCACAAGCAUGCGUCCGGACAGACGUGGUAAGGAGUGCAACUUGUGAGUCCGUGCUUGUUUACGGACAGAGCUGUCGGAGUGACCCCGUAUACUGCUCUCAAGUGAUCCCGGUCGCGUCCUUCCGGGAUGGAGCUCGAAGAUUUCGCACUCAUCUCCGUCGGCUGUUGCGGUGACAACGCCGACGGGGCGCUCGGUCUUUUAGAAAAGCUCGCGAGCUGUUGGCGAAACUCGAUCUGCGGCCCUGGCAGCGGCGGCGAUUCGGCGACCUGGUUUGUCGAUUCCGUGUCUCGCACGACUAGGCUGGUUCUCCAAGACGCCUGCCUUCGCGACGAAGGCGUAUUGUUGGACGCCCAGCGACCUUACGCUGCUGGCCUGCGCCGUCUCGUACGGGCCGUAACACCUGCCGUCUCCGCUCUCCUCUGUGACCCCCGGUCUAACCUCAGCCCUCAGCGUCAGGCGUUUUCGACGAGCCUCUCGGACAUCGUGUCGCACCUUCUAGAAUGCGCGAGCAGACUCGGAGAGGACGAACUGAAGGCGGCGUGCGACGGCGUCGCCAACCCAGCCGAAGCCUUUAUUACUGCGGCUCUGAGCGACAUCAUCGACCCGUCGUUGCCGCUGCUAAACCUAUGUUUCGAGUGUUGUCAAGCGUUGGUUCGAAUCGGCAGCAGAGGCGGGCGUCUCGAAAGCUUGUCCGAGCUAAUGCUAGACGCUCUGAAAGUGGGCAAGCCCGCAAUAGUGUCCCACAUAAUCGCGAGGUACGUGCCCGAACUCGCAGUUUUCCAAAAAGACGAGUUGCGGUCCUUCGUCAGGAGAGCCCUGGAGGUUGUGCGUUCGUUUUUCGGCGCGGACGACAGCGGAUAUCUGGUGGAAAAGAGCCACGGCGGAUUCUCGAUCUUGUGCGGGCUUGCCCAGUACCUGCGACAGAGUAUCCUUCUGAACCAAAAUGAGAGCGCCUCAGUCUGUGACGACUUGUUCUGGCAGAUCGUGCAGCACGGCCUUGUGCACCCCGACUCCCUGGCACGAAAGAGGUCUUUGUACGUCAUGAAGCACAUAUUGGACGCAUGCUGCGAUGAGAAAUUGGACCUCUCUUGUCUCGUAUUCUCCUGGAAUCCGGACGAAACGGCCGAGCUAAUGGGUGUGUGGCAAGAACUCUUUCUGGUUUUGGAAGUGCUUGAAGAAAAACAGCCCCACGUUGUGAAACCAAUGCUGGCAAAGUUUGCGUCUUUCUUGGAGCGCAUGGAGGCCUCCCCGAAAGUCCACAUCUCCUGGCUACUACUGGUGUUCAACCGGAUGCUGACACACGAGAGCCGGACCGUGGUCAAGUGGGCAAUUUCCAAGUUUACUAGCUCGCCAGCUUUAGUGAAGCUCAUGUUUGACAGCGACAUGGAAAAGUUUGUCCUGGGUCCUCUCAUACACUCUUUGAAUGACUGUGCCAUCUUUGCUAGGGAAGAUACCGAUCCUCUUGGUUCCCCGGCUCGUCUGUCAGAAAGUCUUGAAGUUUUCUUUAAACACUGUCAAGACUUGCUGUCAACCACUGACAAAUUUGGAGGCUACCUCGAAAAGCUGUUUGCAGCCGUGUCGAAGCAAUCCUGGAAUGGUGUCUCCCUCAUGUACAUCAGCUACGCCCUGCUCGGCCUCAAGAAGCAGCCCGUGCUGGGUGACUCUGCUCUAGUCAGUGUUGGGGCAGUGAUUCUUGACAUACAGCGGUUCCAGGAGCCGGUGUUACGGGCAGCUGCUCAGUGCUACCUGUUGGUCGUCUGCCUGCGGCUGCUCGAUCCGACGAAAGUGAACUACCAUCAGCUCUCGGCAUUCCUGGGUCUCUUCGAGAGGAAAGAGGUCAUAAUGAGAGGCUCGGCUCAGUGGAAGGUGACGGUGUCGGCACUGCGAGAACUCCUGCUGACCGAGGACUCUGCAGAAGCGGGUCUUCGGCCGGCGGAUGUGACCAGCUUUCUGGCGCACUCAGUUAAGGACCUUAUCGAAGCCAGUUGCCCCAGCUCUAUGGCAAACAUGACCUGCGUGUGCCGGCUCGCCAGAAUGGCGGUGCUGUUCCACGAUGCAAGGCUGUUGUGCGGCGACGUCACGUGGGACAAGCUUCUCGAAGGGAGCAUAGAGAUCCUGAGUGCCUCUGGCACGAGGCCUUACCUCGCACGACACCACUCGCUUAGGGCUGCGCAGUUGCUCAUCGCAAUCUACCACGAAGCCAAGCCAGUGAAUGGUGACUCUUCUUUGCAAGAGGAGCUGCUCUUGCUACUCGUACCGCGUGCCGAGGAGAUGCACGAGUACAUCUACAAGCUCGCCUUUCUUUCGAUCAACAGUUUGGAUGACUUUGAAGAAACCCAGGUGCACUACCAGUUCUUGAAUAUUCUCGCCGGCGAGCGUGAGUUCAACUCGCUUUCCUACCAGUUCAUCAAUGAGGGCCUCGAGACUUGUAGAGAGAAGCUCAUACAAUCAACUGCAUCGGCAGUUGUGUCUGUGGAAACGGUGCCUUACUGGAGGUUCCUUCGCUGGGUCCUCAAACGCUUUCCUCGGAAGACGAAUGAAGUGGAAGCAUUGCUCCUUGAAGUAAUUGAGAAAGGAAGCAUCUCAAGGCCGAUCUCUAGACCCGACUCUUGGAUCAUCCAGGACCGAGUUGCCAAGUCGCGCUGGGUGGCAUUUGCGGCCGCUGUGACGGAACUCGUUUGGGAGAGCGUCUCCAAGAUCGCUCUCUCCACCGACAAGCUCUGCAACAAGCUGAUCGCGGAAGCCAUCGAAGCCUUGGAGACAGCUUCGCAAAAGUCAUGCCUUCACAUUCUGAAGGCCGUGUCACAUGCCCUGUCACUAGUCAAGGUCGUUGAUGCUGACCUCUUGUCCAAGUGCCUUAAGGCCUGCUGGCAGAGCUGCAAGGACUUAAAGAAGAGCGACAUAUUCCGACCUGCUGUGGAGAUGUUCAUCAGUUUUGCUUUCCAGCCAUCACUACUACAUCUAUACCAGGGACGCCUACUAAGUCAUUUGGGCCAGUAG